ACGCUGUGUCCCUCGUCACAGCGGAUCACGGAUCACGAAAAGAGCCGAAGAUGUCAGCUCGGUCAUGUGAUCAGCUGUGUCCAAUCACAGCUGAUCACAUGGGACAUGUACACUGAUCAUCAGGGCACUGAUGAUCAGUGUGCCCUGAUGAUCAGUGUGGCCCCAGAAGUGCCACCUGUCAGUGUCCAUCAGUGCCAGCAGUCAGUGCUCAUCAGUGCCACGUGCCAGUUCCUAUCAGUGCCACAUCAUGCCACAUAUCAGUGCCCAUCUGAGCUGCCUUUCAAUGUCACCCAUCAGUGCCAGUCAGUGCCACCUAUCAAUGCCAAAUCAAGUGCCACCUAUCAGUGCUGCCAAUCAGUGCGACCUAUCAGUGCCAGUCAGUGUCUCCUAUCAGUGCGCAUCAGUGCCGCCUAUCAGUGCCAGUCAGUGCCGCCUAUCAGUGCCAGUCAGUGCCGCCUAACAGUGCCAGUCAGUGUCGCCUAUCAAUGCCAGUCAGUGCUGCCUAUCAGUGCCAGUCAGUGUCGCCUAUCAAUGCCAGUCAGUGCUGCCUAUCAGUGCUAGUCAGUGUCGCCUAUCAAUGCCAGUCAGUGCUGCCUAUCAGUGCCACCUAUCAGUG